CCGUCCCGGCUCCCCUUCCCGGUCUUCGCUCCCACCCAGCUCCGAUUUGGGAUUCCCCCGCCUCAACCUCCCCCCGCCCCCCCUCGUCUGCUGCUGCUGCUUCUUCCUGCUCCUCCCGCAGCCUAGCAGAAGCCGUGCCGGCGGGGCGGGCGGAUUGAUGUGGGGGGGUCUGACAUGAGUCCGCCGGCCGCCGGGUGCUGCCAUGUGACCGGCUUCAAGGUGGAGAACUGGAAGCAGAACCUGAGGGUGAUCUACCAGUGCUUCGUGUGGAGCGGGUCGGCCGAGACCAGGAAGCGAAAGGCAAAGUCGUGCAUCUGUCAUAUGUGUGGUGCCCAUCUGAACAGACUUCAUUCUUGCCUGUACUGUGUUUUCUUUGGCUGUUUUACAAAGAAACACAUCCACGAGCACGCAAAGGCAAAGCGACACAACUUAGCCAUAGACCUUUUGUAUGGGGGUAUAUACUGCUUUAUGUGUCAAGAUUACAUAUACGACAAAGAUAUGGAACAAAUUGCCAAAGAAGAACAACGGAAGGCUUGGAAGCUACAAGCCUUCACCCCAACAAUGGUUUCUCACUACCAGUGUACAAUGACAGGUAUUGGAGAGAAGUAUUCAACGUGGGAGCCAACCAAACGAGAGUUAGAGCUGCUUCGACACAACCCCAAGCGGAGAAAAAUAACUACAAACUGCACCAUAGGUCUAAGAGGGCUAAUCAAUCUUGGGAACACAUGUUUUAUGAACUGUAUUGUCCAAGCACUUACCCACACUCCACUACUGCGAGAUUUCUUCCUCUCCGACAGACACAAAUGUGAAAUGCAAAGCCCCAGCUCAUGUCUGGUCUGUGAAAUGUCCACACUUUUUCAGGAGUUCUACUCUGGGCACCGAUCUCCUCACAUUCCAUAUAGGUUAUUGCACCUGGUAUGGACGCAUGCACGGCAUUUAGCAGGGUACGAGCAACAGGAUGCACACGAGUUCCUCAUUGCUGCGUUAGAUGUGCUACAUCGACACUGCAAAGGUGACGAUAAUGGGAAGAAAGCCAACAACCCCAACCACUGUAACUGCAUCAUAGACCAAAUUUUCACAGGUGGACUACAGUCCGAUGUCACUUGUCAAGUCUGCCAUGGUGUUUCCACGACGAUAGACCCAUUCUGGGACAUCAGUUUGGACUUGCCAGGUUCUUCUACCCCGUUUUGGCCUCUGAGCCCAGGCAGCGAUGGCAGUGUGGUGAAUGGGGAGAGCCACGUGUCAGGAACCACGACCCUCACGGACUGCUUGCGAAGGUUUACAAGGCCAGAACAUCUAGGAAGCAGUGCCAAAAUCAAAUGUAGUGGUUGCCAUAGCUACCAGGAAUCUACCAAACAACUCACUAUGAAGAAAUUACCCAUUGUGGCCUGUUUUCAUCUCAAACGGUUUGAACACUCAGCCAAACUGAGACGAAAGAUCACUACAUAUGUCUCCUUUCCGCUGGAGCUGGACAUGACGCCUUUCAUGGCCUCCAGUAAAGAGAGCAGAAUGAAUGGGCAGUACCAGCAGCCGGCAGAUAGUCUAAACAAUGAUAAUAAGUAUUCCUUGUUUGCAGUAGUUAAUCACCAAGGAACCCUGGAGAGCGGGCACUAUACCAGCUUCAUCCGGCAACACAAGGACCAGUGGUUCAAAUGUGACGACGCCAUCAUCACCAAGGCUAGCAUUAAGGAUGUACUAGACAGCGAAGGAUAUUUGCUGUUCUAUCACAAACAGUUCCUGGAGUACGAGUAGCCUUCUUCAGCAGCUCAAGAGAGAAAUGAAAGGAAGUGAAAUGAAUGGCAGCCUUCUGAAAAGACACACAAACCUACCUGAAAUGAAAAGACACCCAUUCGACAUCUAGCACUGAGCUGCGACAGGACCUGCUUGCCGCUGGCUCGUGGCCUAGAGGAGUAA